AUGGGUGCCUGGCUUGGCAGCCGGCGUGAGCUCCCCGCGUGCCCGCAGCCCGCAGCUCCUCCCACUCACGAGCAACAACACGAUCAAUCAAGGCGACUUGAAUACUCAAUCCCGUCGUCGCCCACCAUGGGGACUGCACUCAAGACUUGGGAGCUGGAAAAUGCAGUACAACUGGUGGACCCGACCAAAGACGCCCUCUACAACUACUCGGCCUCAGCGCAAAAGUCGAUCAACGAAGCGCACCCAUGGCGGACCGACCCCCAUUACUUCACUUCUGUUCGCAUCUCGGCCGUUGCCCUGCUCAAGAUGGUCAUGCAUGCCCGCUCCGGCGGCUCGCUCGAAGUCAUGGGCCUGAUGCUGGGCAAGAUUGAAGCCCACACCUUCGUCGUCACCGAUGCCUUCCGCCUACCAGUCGAAGGCACAGAGACACGCGUCAACGCCCAGGACGAGGCAAACGAGUACAUGGUCGAAUUCCUGCAGCGUGCGCGAGAGCAGGGCCAGUGCGACAACGCGGUAGGCUGGUACCACAGCCAUCCUGGCUACGGCUGCUGGCUCUCCGGAAUUGACGUCAACACGCAAAAGACACAGCAAAUGUUCCAGGACCCUUUCUGCGCCAUCGUCAUCGAUCCCGACCGCACCGUUUCGGCAGGCAAAGUCGAGAUUGGCGCCUUCCGCACCUACUCGACCGAAUACGUCGAGGCCAAAGACAAGGCUGGCGGCGCCUCCAAAUCCCGCUCUGGCGGCACAGACAGCGAUGGAUUUCAAACGAUACCGCUCGGCAAGAUUGAGGAUUUUGGAGCUCAUGCAAACCACUAUUACUCCCUCCAGGUCUCACACUACAAAUCCUCGCUUGAUGCCAAGCUACUCGAAGCUCUAUGGAACAAAUAUUGGGUGCAGACGCUUUCUUCGUCGCCGCUGAUUUCGAACCGCGAAUACGGAACCAAGCAAAUCAGUGAUUUGGCGCGCAAGACGCAACAGGAGAGCGCAAACGGCAAGCGGUUCAAGGGAGGCCAGAGUUAUCAUGCUGGAGCAACUGCGGAUAAAAACCAGCUCUCCAAGUUGGGUGCGGCGGGUAGCAAGAUUGCACGAGAAGAGGAUAUGGGUCUUUUGGCGGCCAAGGUCAAGACUCAGGUGUUCAAUCUGAAUGGAACAGAAUCAGAGCCAGAGCCAGAGCCAGAAUCAGAGCGAGUAGUCGAGGAGAAGGCCAAGGUCAUGGAGAGUCAGGAGGUGGAGAUGAAGAGUUAA